GUUGGACGUGGGAGGAGGAGGAGAGGACUCGAGGGACCGUCUGUCGCGGGACAGGCGGGCCAGCUGGGGCGCGGAGCCGGGAGGAGGAGGCAGCGGCAGCAGCAGGGCUCAGAGCAGCAGCAGCAGCAGCAGCAGCAGCAGCAGCAGCAGCAGCAGCCGCCGCCGCCGCUGCCGAAACAAGUACCAGCCACACAGCGGCUCCUCCUGCCCGAGCAGCCACAGUCCCCCUGCCGAGAUGGCGCUGCAAAGCCCAGCGAGCAAGGAAGCCGAGGGGCCCUGGCGGGAGGCAGACCAGGAACAGCAGGAGUGGGUGGGUAGCCCCGAGCCAGAGCCCGAGCCUGAGCCGGUGCCAGUGCCUCCACCCGAGCCACAGCCGGAGCCACAGCCAGAGCCACAGCCCUUACCGGACCCUGCACCCCUGCCGGAGUUGGAAUUUGAGCCAGAGCCAGUGCAUGAAUCCAAGUCCACGCCCACCGUGGAGACCCGCGGCACUGACCGUGGCUUUCAGCCCCCCGAAGGUGGAUUUGGCUGGAUGGUGGUCUUCGCUGCCACCUGGUGCAACGGCUCCAUCUUUGGCAUCCAGAACUCUUUUGGGAUCCUCUACUCCAUGCUGCUGCAGGAGGAAAGAGAGAAAAAUCGCCAAGUGGAGUUCCAAGCAGCAUGGGUAGGAGCACUCUCAAUGGGCAUGAUCUUCUUCUGUUCACCCAUUGUGAGUAUAUUCACUGAUCGUUUGGGCUGCCGAAUCACAGCAACUGCAGGGGCUGCUGUCGCUUUCAUAGGCCUUCAUACCAGCUCCUUUACCAGCUCACUAAGCCUGCGUUAUUUCACCUAUGGGAUUCUCUUUGGUUGUGGCUGUUCCUUCGCCUUUCAGCCAUCUCUCGUCAUCCUGGGCCACUACUUCCAACGCCGCCUGGGUCUGGCCAAUGGUGUGGUGUCUGCUGGGAGUAGCGUCUUCUCCAUAUCAUUUCCUCUUCUCAUCAAAACACUGGGGGCUAAGAUCAAGCUCGCCCAAACCUUCCAGGUGCUGAGUACCUUCAUGUUUAUUCUUACACUGCUUUCGCUCACCUACCGGCCACUCCUACCCAGUUCCCAGGACACCCCAAACAAGAGAGGUGUCCGCACCCUGUGCCAACGCAUUCUGUCUCAGCUUAGAAAGUAUUUCAACAUGCGAGUAUUCCGCCAACGUACUUACCGCAUCUGGGCCUUCGGGAUUGCUGCUGCUGCCCUUGGUUACUUCGUUCCGUAUGUACACCUGAUGAAGUAUGUCGAGGAGGAGUUCUUGGAAAUCAAGCAAACCUGGGUGCUCUUGAUGUGUAUUGGGGCUACCUCAGGCCUUGGGCGUCUUGUGUCAGGCCGUGUCAGUGACUCCAUUCCUGGACUUAAGAAGAUCUACUUGCAGGUCAUCUCCUUCCUGCUCCUGGGCCUGAUGUCCAUGAUGAUUCCCCUGUGCCGGGGCUUCGGGGGCCUCGUCGUUGUCUGCCUCUUCCUGGGCCUGUGUGAUGGCUUCUUCAUCACCAUCAUGGCCCCCAUCGCAUUUGAGCUGGUGGGCCCAAUGCAGGCCUCACAGGCAAUUGGCUACCUCCUUGGCAUGAUGGCCCUGCCGAUGAUUGCUGGGCCCCCCAUUGCAGGCCUCCUCCGCAACUGUUUCGGGGACUACCAUGUGGCCUUCUACUUUGCUGGUGUGCCCCCCAUCAUUGGGGCUAUAAUCCUCUUCUUCGUACCUCUGAUGCAUCAAAGGAUGUUCAAGAAAGAGCAAAGGGAUUCCAGCAAGGAUAAGAUGUUGGUCCCUGAUGCAGACCCCAAUGGGGAGCUGCUGCCAGGUUCCCCUGUCCCUGAGGAACCAAUCUAAUGCAUUUUCCUUGCCAUUGUGUACUCCUCCACAACCUUUUUCCUUCCCCACCCUGCUCAGCAUUUACAUUUUUGCCAUCAGCACACUUGUUCUCAAACAUGCACACACAGCAGUUCAGCCACCUGACCAGCCCCUUGGAGCCAAAGCUCCUGUUAAACUCAUUAACCAAAUUCUCCCUGUGAAUGCCUUUAAACCUUUCAGGGUCCUUCUCUCAGGAUCUAGGAAAGUGUGGGAUCCCCCUGGCCUUUGGAACAUCUUCAUAUACUUUCUAUACUUUUUGAUACCUGGAGAUGGUACCUCCUGGUUCCAGCUUGCUAGUCACCCACUAAAAGCAACUUCCAAAGGUGCUACUGUGUCCCUAGGAGCCUUGUGGGAAGACCCAAGCCUCUGUAUGCUCAGGAGUUCCUUGCCAUCUGUCCUUGGAAGCCAUUGGUAAGGGGGCAGAGAAAGAGCAGAGAGGUAAAACCAGACAAGGAGACUUGCUUAGUCUCAGAGUCUCUGAGGGCUGUGGCUUUCCAAGAACUGUGAGUGACAUCACUUUACAAGUGUACAAAUAAGUCUCCCCACCAUAUAGUUGGUUAACAGUCAGCUUCCUUCUUCCCUUCUCCAUUUUUUCCCUUAACUGCUUCCUCUCUUUUCUCUUCCACCUCUACUUCUUUUUAUGAUUGUCAUAGAUGCAUGGGUGCUUAAAGACAGAAUGGACCCAGAGCUUGGGCCAAUUAGCCUCAUCUUGGCCUAGCCCACCCCUAAAUUGAUUAUCAAUUCCACUCAUCUCAGGCUGAGCCACAUCUCAAUUUUUGGCUCAAGCUGCUAUAAUUACAAACUGGAAGAGUCAAAUAUCACAUAGGGAAGGGACCUUAAACACCAUAAAGUUCCACUUACUGCUUUUUACAGAUUUCCCAGGCCAGUGUAUUAACCUGCAGACACUUCCAGCUCCCCAUAUGUAUAUUCACCUGUCAAAAUGUGAAGAAAUUCUUUUCAUCUCAGCAGGCAGAGGAGGACUGAUGAUGGGGAGGGUGUGGUUGGGGGAGGGGCAAUAGUUUUUGACCUGGCAAAGGACCAACUCCUCCAUCUCUCUUUAGUCAUGAUAGGUUAAUAUUUCCACCUGGGUCAGGAUGGGAAAGGGGCUGUUUUAGGGAAAAUCCCAUUCCCAACCUGGAUCCCCAAAAGGCAGAGGCAGCAACUACAGGUAGGAUUUAACAAUUUCUUUUAAGAAAAGGAAACCAUCUUAACUUUACCCCAAUAUGGCUCCCAAACUGGGCAUCCUGAGCCACUCUGUUUAGUGGGCAUUAAAGGUACCAGGAAAGGUAGGCUCUGGACCAUCCUAAUACUUCUGAAAUAGGUGCCAGAUGCUUCCGUAUGCUCAGAUUCUGAGCAACACUCUUGCUGAAGAGCAUUCCCAGCCAGACUAUGUCCAAGCUAGCACAACUCACCUCCUUAGGAACUCAGGCUCUCCUUACUUGCCCUCUUUGUGUUUCUUUCUCCAUAAUCUGGGCCUUUGACUGUUGUGCUAUUACCCUAAUCUUUCAUCACCUUUUUGCCAGGCAUCAUCGGCUGUUACCUGGAGCUAACAGUUACUUGCUACCCUAAGCAUGGCCCAUCCAAAGCCAGAAGGAUGAGGUUGCCUGUGAGGGGAUCCACAGAAGACAGUGGUCCCUAACCAUGACAUUUUCCGUUACAAACAGGCAGCUGGGGCAUGGUUGGCCUAUGAUGGCUUCAUUUAAGGCCAAAGUCCUGCGCCCCCUCUAUUGGUCUUAGUCCAGGUUUUAUCAACUUCCCAAAGGAAAACCCACUGGCUCUUAGCCCUGUGGGUAGGAAGGGGCCUAAUUACUAUCCUCCUGGCUCAAAUAGCAGUGGUGCAGGAGAAGCUGAACCCCAGGAGCCUUAUAAUUCAAAGGAGAGAUCAUUGAAAAUGUUGGAGCAACAAAGCCCAUGUGCCCAUUCUUCUUACCUCUCCCUGACACCAAGUCAUUGGAGGGCAGUUCUGCAGGGUCUCCUUUGUUGUUCAAGGUGAAGAAGGCGCUUACAAAUUAGGCUGCCAACCAUUUCUCUCCAGAUGAAGGAAAGACAUUCACAGGUCCCAAAUCUGCUCUAUCAGUUGUCACAUAACAUAGUGGGGUGUCAGUUUAUUUCUUCCACAUAUAUGCAUGUACAUGUGUAAGCUUGUGUGCUUUUGGAGAGAAUGUUGGUUGGUGAAAGCAGCUCAGUAUUAAUAUUUAGGGUAGGAUGCAGCCUUUAAUGCACCACAGUUAAAUCUAGGAGAACGAACAAAAUUUGGGAGUUUGAGAUCUGGGACAUUUAAAUCCUCAAAAAGGUUUGGAACAAAAUAAACAUCUAAAAAUCUAGAUUUCGUAUGUGUGUUGCCUACAGGGUAAAAUAGUUUUAACCUAGUUAACAGCAGGAAGUUUGGCUUCAAAACUGAAAUAUCAUUUCAGAUAAAAUUUCUGCCAAGGUCUAUACUCUCUGUAAGUGCAGAAAUUGGAAAAGGAUCUAUAGGGGGUUUGGAAUUGGGUGGACUAUUCAGGAUUAGACUUUUAGGGAGCUCUGAAGUAGAAAAGUAGUCACUUUACAAAAUGAGGACACAGUUAGUGACUGAAGCCAAGUGGAGGCCUCAACAAGGCUUCCAUGUUGCUACAUGCAUGCCAUGUUGAAAAUGGGCAAAGAUUUUAGGAACAAUCCAUUUUAAUCCUUUCCCUUGUUAUUAAGGGGGAACCUGAAGGGAUUGGAAUGGCUUGGUUACAUAGCCAGACAGCAACAGACCCUGGAAUUGGUGAUGCAGAAGAAGGACCUACAAUAAUGACAAAUCUGGGAGUAACUUUGUCCAUCCUCUGCAUUGAUUUAAGUGGGGAAACUAAGGCUUAGAUAUAGCAAGGGACUGAGCAGGUUCACAUAGCUCAUCAGUGACAGAGCAUGCUGAGACUUGAACUCAGGUAACUGACUUCCAGUCUAAACCCCUUAUCUCACAGAUGAGGAAGCCAAGUUAAGAAGGGGAAAAUGGCUUGUCUACUUCAUUUAACAACUUUGUAGUGAGCCCAUUUACACAAGGGUGUCAAAGGGACCAGCUCCAAGCAAAAAUGAAAUCUGAGCAAAGUUUGAUUUUAGUAUAUCCCUUUUUAUUUUUCACGAUUACCCUCAUUCUCAAACCAACACAUACUUCUGGUGUUCUCUCUUCUCAAGCAUUCCAGACUUUCAUGCAGCCUUGGUCUUGGAAAGCUGGUCCUACCUACCUGCUCUUCCACGCUCAGGAAACCAAGAGGUACAAAUAAAAAUCCAUCUCUCUGUGGCCAUACACUGAACAGGGGAGCAGUAAAGGGAAGGGGACCGGUUUCCUCUGAGAAACUGGUUUACCACUCAGCUCUUGGUGAUUGUUGUUUCUCCCCUGCCUCAGUGCAGACAUCCUCAGGCUGCCAGCCUCCUUACCUCCUCCCAAUGAGACUAAUUACUCUGUCCUGCUGCCUAGCCCUAGGCUCUCCCACCCAAGUAUUGCUGCCCUCUCAGUCCCUCCUCCAGUAAGCCCCAAGGCCCCAGUCUGUGUUUAACACUCAGAUCAUUAGAUUUCAAAGUCGUGGAAUCCCAUAAUUUUUAUGAGCACAUGCUCCCUUCCAGGGCCUUUUCAUGUCUGAAGAGGAAGCCAGCAAGCAGAGCAGGCCAGCUGAAAGGAAUUAUGGGUGCCCCCAGGAAAUCCCUGAUGUCUGAGACCUGGUGCCUAGAUAGGGUGGGCACUGGUUUAAACCAGAACUCUUGAAGGAAGUUCUGAAAUUUUAAUGAGCUGAAAUGUACAGGAGACUCCAGAGGCACAAAGAAAGGGAUUAAAUACCCAACUCUUGCAGGGAUUGAGCAAGUUUUGCUUUAGAAGGCCCUCAAUUCCUGCCUUUCAGCUCUCCCUAGUGGUCACCAGAAGCAGAGUUCCGUGACUGAUUUUCAGGUCAUAAAGAAAUCUUUUCUAGGGACCUGCUGCUUUGUGUCAGGCACUCUGCUAGAAGUUAGGGAUUUCAGAAUGAAAGAAGCAGAGGUGGAAAAAACUAAGAGGAAAAAAAACACACACAAGAAGGAAUUUGUACUAUCUUUUUCCUGAGAUACCUUUUUCUCUUCUGGAUCCCAGCAGUCCAGAGCUUACUGACCUCAGAGCCUUUGGGACCGGACAGGAAUCACCAGGGCCCUUCCAGGACUGAGGCCCCAGCAUUUCCACCUCCUCACUACCUGGCCACUGGCCUCCUCCUGGCUAAAGUCACCUGGAAGAACUAUGUACUCCUCAGCAUUGCUUUCCUGAUGAGCAGAGCUCGGAUGGAUAAAAUUAGCCCAUUGCUCACAUCUAAGUGCCAGAGCUAAGCCCAGCAGAUCUCCUGCAUGGCCAGUAAGACACCUGGACUGACAGCACCUGUCCAGCACCCCCAGCCCAGAGUCUCCUUGCUCCCUGGGCCUACCUGAUCCAGGGAUGAGAGGCUAGAGACCCUUUUUUCCACUGCACACCCACCCUACACUGCCAUUGCAAUGACUGGGCCCGAGGAUCUGGGGAUGGGGGUGCUAACCAGUACCACUUCCCACCAGGUCUCCACGCCCACCGCACACUCACACUUGGGGAGUGCCUGGGGAUGGGGAUGGGGCUGGGGUCCAUGGGGCCCUGGCUGCAGCAUCUCUUGGCUCUGCCACUGCCCUCUGGUCACCUUAGGUGGGGAAGGGCAGGGCUCCGGCCCCUUGGUGGCCCUCCAUCCACUUCUGCGUCUGGGAAGGGUAAGAAUCUGGGAGACAUGCCAAGGAGAUAUAUCUGACCCUGCUACAUAGAUGGGAAUCGGGACAGCCCAGGCAAAGGGGAUGGGAAGGAAGGAUGGAAAACCUAACUGCAGGCUCUGCCAACUGUCCGGGAAGCCAGUUGAAUAGACUGCCAUGUGUCCUGGGCUCAGGUUCUCCUUGAUCCCCACCCCCGCUGCCCUGCCCCUGCUGCCUCCACCAAGCGCUUGAUCCAAAGCCCUGGAGGUGAUCCAGGCUGGAGGGGCAACAACACCUUCCUACCAGUUGCCCUCUUUUCUCUUCCCCCUACCUGAUCUGGCCCCAAGGACAGAAUCGGCCUGCAGCUGGUGAAGGCCUGCAGCUGGUGAUUCUAGGCAAGGGGCUCUCAAAGAUCAGGGGCGGAGGGUGGGAGUCACCUCCAGGAAACUCUUGGUCCAAAGCAGCCAUUCUCCACAGCCGCCCUCUCCAACCUCCAACCCUGGGCUGGCCUGCAGGGCCAACUUCUCCACACAAGUCAGCACAAUGGGGCUGCUUCUUCCAAAGAACUGGCCCACCAAUCUAUCCCACCAGUUCCCCAUAAUAGUUGUCUCAGAACUCCUGGGGAGGAGUGACCAACUACACUAGUGGGGGCUCCCAGCUCAGGUAGGCUCCUUCACCACACAGUCCCUGAGUACCAUGCAGGGUGAAGGUGAGCCCCCACCAGCUGCCCUAGGUUCACAGAGGUUAACUAGCUAGUGGGAUUUCCUAGGCUUGAGAAAUCUCCCCCAAACCUGAAGGGAGACCCAGAAAUGGACCAGGUCGACAAUAAGACCCCCCCUCCUCAAUUUACUCCCCAUCCAACACUCCACCCAUUUGCUUCCUUCAGCCACUUGCCUAAGUAAGAGUGAAGGAGAGGGCCACGGUAACCACUUCCACUCCUCUCCCCCACACACCCACAUACCCUCAUCCUCCUCUAAGGUGGCAUGUUCUGGGAAACCCAGUCUUGCAGUACAUCUGCCUCAAAGCCUUGCAAGGGCCAGAGUUCCCCCCUAUCACGGGGAAAUCUUUCAGCUAUUUGCCUUCUCAUUCACCCGCCUCCUCCCCCUGACACUCCUCCUUCAUCCUUUAGCUCCAUGAACACAGGGGUCCACCUCCCCCCAGCAUAUCUGGACAUAGAGGCUCCCUUCAACAAUAAUAGGGUGCCCCCACCUUUGGGUGGGCAACCUACAGUUCCCAGAUGCUCCCAUAUCCCCCAUCACAUCUGACCCACCCCACCCCACCCCCACCCUGAGAGGCAGCUGGUCUUAUACCUAUUUUGUCGAUGGGUAAAGUGAGGCCAAUAGGGGAACUAAAUGCCAUUUUUCAAACCCCUUUUCCACCAAGGCUCUCUGCACCCUUACUUACAGAAAGUAAGGAAGUAAGUGAAUCUUUCUGUACCCCUGACUUCUCAGAAAGUAUGCUUGUUGCUCCGGGAGACAGUACUUGCUCCACCCAGGCUCACUCUUUCUCCCAAGAAAAACUCUGGACAGUGAGUAGCACCAUAGCCCCAAGAUGGACGCAUGAAGACUGCAGAAGUUGAGCCAGAGUCCUUGUGCACCACCCCGCAACCACACCAGCCUGUCUUACGGAGGGAGAGGGAUGAGGAGGGGAGUAUAGAAGAGUAAUUUUAGGAGUCUCUAAUCUGCCUUUCCCUGAGAAUACACAACAUUGUCUUCUGGGUUCCUCUGUGUCUCAAAAUGGAGGUAAAACUCCAAAAUGAAUUCUUCUGUGCCUUACUCCCUUGGUCCUCUUAUUAUUCAAUAGAAUUAUCACCAAUGAGGGCUAAUUUCCAGGGCCUUGUUUAAUUCCCACAGACCCCCGAAGGACCUUUUGUCUGGUUUGGUUAUUGGAUGGGGGGAGAACAGUUCCUGGGAGGCCCUGCUUUUAUGGGAAAGGACUUGUGUGCCUAAGCAAUCAACAUAGAUAGCUCAAAGUGUCCCUCUUUUCUAGACUUCCAGUGUUUAGUGUUUUGCUAAGCCUCAGAGAAGGGAUGGAAAAGAGUAGCACAUAACCAGCAAUUAAAGGUUGGUAAACUCCAGAGUCAGCACCUGUGGAAAAGAAAAGUGGAGAACAUGCCUAAACUUCUGCCCACACACUUCAAUGAGGUGGACUUGUCCUGUAUAUAUAUGCCUCUCAGCAAUUGUGGCCAUUACCUUCUUCAUCUCCCGUGACCCCAGGUUAGAGAUUCCCUAUAUCUGCAGGGGAACUUGGCCAUCUAGCAGUCCCCACCACACAGUACCAUUGUUUGGUAAGAUCUUAAUCCCCUGAUCCCAAUAAGCUCUAGCCUAAGCUUUUCCUUCAGGCUGAACAACUUCAAGCAACCAAACCAGGUACCUCCAAGGUUAAGACACCUGUCAACCACGCUGGUCCUGGAAAGCAAGGACAGCCAGAUUUCAGGGAAAGUCAAGUUCUAAGCAAAGCUACUUCUAGUUCAGUAGCUCUAUAAAUAGCUUUAACUAAUGAACUUCAGGAGCACUUUAAAUACAUUGACAGAGCACCAGGGUUUCAAACAAACUUGACUUAAUUCUCUCUUUCUAGCCAACUGAGUUCUUUCUUCACAAUCAUUGGUCAAUACAAUUAAGGGCUGUCAUACCAGAAGGAAAUCAAAGAUCCAAAGAAGGUCAGGAUUAAAACAGUGGAGAGCUUCAGAUCCAGUAAUUUUCACACUGUAUUCUGUGACUCUUAGGUGUUUCACAGAGUUACUUCAAAGUCCACUGAAAUUUCUAGGACUGAUUUUUCCCUAUUCCACCUAUGGAAACAGAUAAAAAUGCUGAAUAGUGUAUAUAUAUAUAUAUAUAUAUAUAUAUAUAUAUAUAUAUAAAUUUAAGAAGAUUCUGAAAGGUGGAGAUAAGAAGUCAGACCAGCUAAGGACCUCAGAACCAGGGGGUGACUCACUUGAAGUGAGUGCUCCUGGUUUCUUCUUUGCCUUAUAUAUCCCAGACUUGGUGCUGGAGAAGCCAGAAACCCAAAAAUGCCAAUGAGCACUAAUAUAAAAAGUCAGUGAAAAUCUUUCCUUUUUAGCCAAAGAAUCAUGAAAGGGUCAGUCUAAAAAGAUAGAAAACGUCUGCACAAUAACCAUUCUACUUCAGUCAAACACCAUGGAAAAAACUGUGCUCCCAGCCCCACCCCAGCCAGCAAAGGCAAAGUGGAGAGCCUGGAUUUCCACUUUCAUCCUGCUGUAGCAAGUAACAUCUCCCCCAUUCAUCACCAUGGUGGUGUCACAGUAGGCCAGAUGUGGAGCUCAGACUUUCAUCCCAGCUAGGCAGAAACACAUGGCAUCCCUGUCCCUUGCAUCCCUGGUGGUAUCAGAGGAAAUCUAGUGAAGUACCUAAACUCCCACCCCCACAUAGAAGUAAUGAGAAGCCCCUCAAUACUGGGAUAUCAGUAGUGGUCCAGUGGAGAACCUUGACAGUAAUGAGGUAGUAUACCCUUCUUCCUCUGGCAUGCUGUCAGAGGAGGCCUGCUAAAACAGACUUUUUUUUAAAACCCCACAGCUUCAUUACAUAUUACUAAAAAUGUCCAGGUUUCAAUCAAAAGUCAUUCAUGACUCAUGGAUAUCAUACCAGACCCAAGAAAAGAUCAAUUUGAGUUAAAAAAAAAUGACAACAAUGAGAUGGCACAGAUGUUAGCACUAUCUGACGAGGAACUUAAAGCAGUCAUCAUAAAAAUCCUUCAAAGGGUAUUUAUAAGCAUUCUUAAAAUAACUGAAGAAUUAGAAAGUCUCAGCAAAUAAAUAGAAGAUAUAAAGGGAUACCAAAUGGAAGUUUUGGAAGUAAGAAAAGAAUAAUGGAGAUUAAAAAAAAAAAAAAAAAAAAAGCUCAAUGGAUAAGUUCCACAACAGAAUAAAGAAGAAAGAGGAAAGAAUCAGAGAACUUGGAAAAAAGGCCAAUAUUAAUGAUCUUGUCUAAAUAAAAGAAAGGGAGAUGCCUGACUUGCUCAGUAGGUAGAGCAUGCAA